AUGGAGUGGGAGUGGCAGCGCGCGGUGUGCCGCCCGCUCUCCGGUCCGCUCGGCGUGCCCCCGGGCACGGUGCUCUUCACGCUCGCGCUGUUCGCGUCUCUGCCCAUCGGCGCGGGGUUCCGUUUCAUCGAGUCGCCCGUGUUGAAGAACCUCUACGGCCUCCUCGCCGGGACGUUCCUGAGCGUCUUCGCGUUCGGGAGCGCGACGGCCAGCGUCUUCGUGUUCGGCGCGGCGUCGUACGCCGCCAUGGCGGCGCAUCGGAAGCGAUGCGGCGCGAUCGUCGGCGUCGGCGCGUUCGCGUACCUCAUCUACUUCCACGCGACGUCGUCGAGCGGCGAGGCGUGGAAGGCUGGGAACAUCGACAUCACCGGUCUGCUCAUGGUGCUGACGCUGAAGGUGACCGCGUGCGCGCUCAACUACCAGGACGCGGCGGCGCCGCUCGAUCGCCUCUCAGACUUUCAAAAGCGUCGCGCGGUGACGACGCUGCCGAAUCCGUUGGACUACGCCGCGUGGCUGGUCUUCCCGUGCACGCUCGUCGUCGGGCCGGCGUUGGAGUUUCGGGACUACUCGGACUGGCUCAGAGGGAAGGGGGUGUGGGAUAAGAACCACCGUAACGGCGGGUGCCCGAGCGUUUUCGUACAGGCGAUGAAGACGGCGGCGUACGCGACGUUUUUCAUGACUAUCCACCUAUACGUCGCGACAAUCUACACGAUCGACGACACGUACUUAUCGCCGGAUUGGAACUCGAAGCCGCUGUGGCUGAAGUUCUGGGAGCUCCACAUCCUCGGCCAAGGCAGCCGAGGGAAGUAUUUCUUCUGCUGGGUCUGGGCGGAGGCGGCGUGCGUCGCGUCCGGGAUCGGAUUCAGCGGGCACGAGGAGAAGAAAGGCGCCGGAGAGGUGGCGACGACGCGCGUCGCGACGUGGGAGACGGGGAAGAACGUCCGUCCGAUGGGCGUCGAGACCGCGGCGACGUUCGUGCAGAUUCCUCAUCACUGGAACAUACAGACCGGGAAGUGGCUCAGGCAUUACGUGUACGAUCGGUCGACGCCCGCGGGGAAAAAGCCGGGGUUCCGGCAGUUGCUUCUCACGCAGACGGUCUCGGGGGUGUGGCACGGGUUAUACGCCGGGUACUGGCUGUUCUUCGUCUCGAGCGCGGUGUUCAUCGAGGGCUCCAAGUCCGUGUACCGGUGGCAGAGCAAGCACUGGCUCUUCAGCCGAGCCCCGGCGUCGUGGCUGAUCUCUCUCCCGCACUGGCUCCUCGCGACCGUGGGAUUAAACUACCUCUGCGGCGCGUUCAUGCUCGUGACGUUUCGGCAGUGCGUCGACGCGUGGGCGUCGGUGUACUUUUUGCCGCAUCUCAUCAUCGUCGCGAUGGUGAUCUUCGGGCGGGUCGUGAACCCGAAGAAGAAGCGCGACCGCGGCGACGCGAGCGCGAAGGCGAACGCGAGCGGCACGGUGGGCGUGGGGGCGGAGGAGAAGAAGAAGGCGAACUAG